AUGGGCCUCUUGACUCUGCAAGAAGAUCGGCCCACACCGAAGGCCGUCUACAACUGGCGCGUCUACACAUGCGCCGCCAUUGCAUCAAUGGCUGCUUGCACUAUCGGUUACGACUCUGCUUUCAUCGGAACGACCCUUGCUCUGCCCUCAUUCAACAUUGUCUCUGUGUACCAGGCCGGUGCCUUCUUUGGAUCUCUGUUCGCCUAUGUCAGCAGUUACUUUAUCGGUCGUCGAUACUCUCUCAUCCUCUUCUCUCUUGUCUUUAUGGUCGGUGCCGGUAUGAUGCUGGGUGCCAAUGGGGCCCGGGGUCUCGGCCUUAUUAUCGGUGGACGCGUCUUGGCCGGUAUCGGUGUCGGUGGAUGCUCCAACAUGACACCCAUUUACAUCUCAGAACUGGCCCCUCCCGCUGUACGAGGUCGUCUUGUCGGUCUCUACGAAGUCGGAUGGCAAGCCGGUGGACUCGUUGGUUUCUGGAUCAACUACGGAAUCAACCAGCACCUCCCUUACGCCCCUGGCCAGAACGAGAACGUCUGGCUGAUCCCCUUUGCUGUUCAGCUCAUCCCUGCUGGUCUUCUUCUUAUCGGUGCCGUCUUUAUUCCUGAGUCGCCUCGAUGCGCUGUUGGCGCUGGCUUCUGGAAGCCUUUUGCUGCUCUCAAGGAGGCCAAGGUCCGGUGGCGUUUCCUCCUUGGUGCUCUUCUCUUCGUCUUCCUAGAACGUGAGGAACAUUUUCCAGGCUCCGGUAUCAACGCUAUCAACUACUACAGCCCCACUGUCUUCAAAAGUAUCGGCAUUACCGGUACCAACACUAGCUUCCUUACCACUGGUAUCUUUGGCGUUGUCAAGACGACAAUCACCUUUAUCUGGAUUCUCGUUCUUAUCGAUCACGUCGGUCGCCGAAAUCUUCUCAUGAUUGGCGCUGGGGGCGGUGCUUUCUGCAUGUACUUCAUCGGUGCUUACAUCAAGAUCGCCAACAACGAAGCCAAGGUCGCUGCCGGAGAGGACCCCAAACUGUCCUCUGGCGGUAUCGCAGCUGUCUUCUUCUUCUAUCUCUGGACCGCUUUCUACACACCCUCAUGGAACGGUACACCAUGGGUUCUCAACUCAGAGAUGUUCGACCAGACCACCCGCUCUCUGGGUCAAGCCAACGCCGCCGCCAACAACUGGUUCUGGAACUUCAUCAUCGCCCGUUUCACCGAGCAGAUGUUCAACGCCUGGGGAUGGGGAGUAUACAUCUUCUUCGCCUCCCUCAUGGUCAUUUCCGUCUUCUUCGUCUUCUUUUGCAUUCCUGAGACCAAGGGUGUUCCUCUUGAGGCGAUGGACAAGCUGUUUGAGACCAAGCCUAUCUGGAGGGCUAACAAGAUUGUCAUGGAGGAAUUGAGACUCCAGGAUGAGGAGUUCCGCCAUAAUGUUGAUGGUGCUGAUCUGCGGGAGGAGAAAGCCAAUGCUGAGCAGAUUGAGGGCAAGGUCUAA